AUCAGGUGUAAAUUCGCGUAAGAGUAAGAUUCGCAUAAAGAGUAAACUAAGGAAUAAUAAGCAGCAAAAUGAAAACUAUAUACUCCGUUGCACUUUUGAUGUGCCUGUUGGGCGUGUUUUAUGCCCAAGCACAAGAAAUUCGUUGCCCAGCGCCAAAAGAAGGGGAGGAUAUAGUUCUCAUCCCUCAUCCCACCAACUGUAAUCACUAUUUUGUUUGUGACUAUGGCCGACCGAUUGUGAUGAAGUGUCCUGAAGGUUUACACUUCAAUCCUGAAGUACAGGUCUGCGAUUAUCCAUUCAAUGUUGAAUGCAUUACUCAUUAAUCGAUUUAUGUGUAUAAUGACUUUAUUGCAUACAAUUAUAUAACAAUAUAUGGAUCGUUUUCUUGUUGAAUUAUUGUAUUACAUAAUCAUUA